AUGGGACCGAAGUCUGUAACAGAAAGUCAGGGAUGCGCGUGCGGUGGUACAGUUUUCCGUGAGAUAGCGCAACAUUACGUUAUAAACGCUAAUCUCGGAGUGUCUCGGACAUGUACCAUUACUGCCAAAUACAAGUUUCUGAACAAAACACAACAUAAAGCAAACGAGGUUGCUUAUUACACCGCCCUACUGGCACCGUAUCACAACAUAAAACACACAACCUAUAACAUCUCCCUUUGUUUGCUCGCAGCCCUAAUGACGGGUAAUCCCAGCCAAUCUCUUAUAAAAAGGAAACGCACCCUUAAUUCACCAACACACGUAAUCCAGCAAGACUAG